AUGAGUAUUCCUAAAGAGAGACUAUUAAAACUUGCAGAGAUAUCGGCGAAGAUAUUCGAUCAAAAUUUUAAUCCUUCAGGUAUGAGAACUGGUAGUAAAGUAUUAUCUAAAAGACUGAAGGGUCCCUCUGUUGCUGCAUACUACGGUAAUCCUGAUUUUGUGAAGUUCAAAAACUUGAAAACAUUGUUCCCUGAUAGUGAAUUCAUAGAUGAAGAAGAACAAUACAGAUUAUCCAAGGUAGAAGGGUUGAAACGUCGUGGUAAGGGUGCCCCUAAGAAGACUAAGAAAGGUGCAGCUAAUGGUAAAUCGAAAAAGAAAUAG